AGUCGCUCACUGGUUGGCACUGCAGGCGGUUUGGCGACACAGGGGCUGACAGCCUCGCUCAAGUCUGCAAGGUGACAGCGAGUUUGGCAGCGCGAGAUCGUCCUAGUGGCUGCGCGUAACGGCGUGAACAGGAGCAGCAGUCGCAGCACCAGCGUCGCCAUGGCGGAGCCAAACGAAUCUCCUGUCCAUAACCAGGCACCGGCACCUCCACCUCCGACUACCGUUUGGCCCAUCACCAGGGAGUCAUACGAACUGCAGGAAGUCAUCGGAAGUGGAGCAACAGCUGUGGUUCAAGCAGCCCUUUGCAAACCCAGGCAAGAACGAGUUGCAAUAAAAAGAAUUAAUUUAGAAAAAUGUCAGACAAGUAUGGACGAACUCUUGAAAGAAAUUCAAGCAAUGAGCCAAUGUAAUCAUCCCAAUGUUGUCACAUAUUAUACCUCCUUUGUGGUAAAGGAUGAACUGUGGUUAGUUAUGAAAUUGCUAAGCGGAGGCUCAAUGUUGGAUAUAAUAAAAUACAUAUUCAGCAGAGGAGAACACAAAAGUGGAGUUCUUGAAGAGCCAAUAAUAGCUACAAUCCUGAAGGAAGUUCUAGAAGGUUUAGAUUACCUGCAUAGGAAUGGACAGAUUCACAGGGAUGUAAAAGCAGGAAAUAUCCUUUUGGGAGAAGAUGGAUCCGUGCAAAUAGCAGAUUUUGGAGUUAGUGCAUUCUUAGCAACAGGAGGAGAUGUUACAAGAAACAAAGUUAGAAAAACUUUUGUGGGGACUCCAUGCUGGAUGGCACCUGAAGUGAUGGAACAGGUACGUGGCUAUGAUUUCAAAGCGGAUAUAUGGAGUUUUGGAAUUACAGCAAUUGAAUUAGCCACGGGGGCAGCACCGUAUCAUCGAUAUCCACCUAUGAAGGUUUUAAUGUUAACCCUGCAAAACGAUCCUCCUACUUUAGACACAGGUGUGGAGGAUAAAGAAAUGGUAAAAAAAUAUGGAAAAUCAUUUAGAAAACUUAUAACACUGUGCCUUCAGAAGGACCCAACUAAGAGGCCUACAGCAGCAGAGCUGUUAAAAUGUAAAUUCUUCCAAAAAGCAAAGAAUAGAGAGUAUUUGAUAGAAAAACUUCUGCAUAAAGCGCCUAAUAUUGCUCAAAGAGCAAAAAAGGAACCUGAGCAGAGUCCUGGGAAAGCAAGCAUGGUGUCAGGUUCUGAGAGAGAGCAAGAUGGCAACAGAAGGGUUAGAAGGGUGCCAGGAUCUAGCGGUCAUCUUCAUAAAACAGAAGAUGGAGACUGGGAAUGGAGUGAUGACGAGCUGGAUGAGAGGAGUGAGGAAGGACAAGCAGCAGUUACUCAGGGAAGGUCUCGAAGAGUGAAAGAUGAAAUUGAGAAUGAAUGCAAUGCAAACAGUAUUCCUAUGCAGGAGCUGUCAAUGCAAGAAUCUCAGCCAGUGAAGAAUUACCAAUAUAUUCAUGGGCAGACUUCUAUAAACCUGGUUUUAAGGCUAAGAAACUCAAGGAAAGAACUGAAUGACAUAAGAUUUGAGUUUAUCCCAGGGAGAGAUACUGCUGAUGGCGUUUCUCAAGAACUUUUCUCAGCUGGUCUUGUUGAUGGACAUGAUGUAGUUAUAGUAGCUGCUAACCUGCAGAAGAUUGUAGAUGAACCUAACACAUACAAAGCCCUAACUUUCAAAUUGGCUUCUGGCUGCGAUGGAAUGGAGAUCCCCGACGAGACCAAGUUGAUUGGGUUUGCUCAACUGAGCAUUAGCUGAUGAUGUCAGAUAUCUAAAUCUGAUUGCAAUACUGCACUUAGCAGAAUGGCCAUACAAGAAAGCUUCAUGGACGGAAGUUAGCUUCAAUCCCCAGCUCUUCACCAGUCCCAGCAACCACUGCUUUGCUUUCUUUGAAACACUGCUGCUAAAAUUUAGAAGAGCCCUUACAGGACACAGUGUGUUAAUUUCACUUAGUUGAGGGAGAAACAUGAAAAAGAGAAAUCUGCUCAGGUGGUUCUAUUAACGUAUGUGAAGUACCAUAGCAGUUAUAUUUUUAACCUAUUACCUCUGCUUUCCUUAGAGUGUUUUAAUGCUUUUAAAUUAUUUAUUGGAAUGGAAAUUUGCUUUUUGUAUUUAAGUUUAUGAAGAGAAAAAACGUUAUUUGAAAAGUUCUUGCAUUCCACAUAUUUAAAGUAAAAAUAUACUAUGUUUAAGUUAUAACAUUUCUAUUUCUGCAGAAGUUGUAUGUUAACCAUUUACAAAAAUAUGUUCCAGAGUAUUGUACAUUUUAGGAAAGGGCAUGAUUGUGUUUUUUACAGCAAGUAUGUAAUUCAGCCAAUGCAUACUUCACUGUUGGUGUUACUGGGAGACAGGUGCCUUUCUUAGUUUUAAAAUGUGCCUGAGAUUGUUUUGAAUGAAUAGAAGAGAAAACUUGAAAUCUGACCUGAAGAAAAUGUAUUUAUGUUAUUUGUAUAGCUAAAUUAAAAAUAGGAAAACAGUUUCAUCCAGACUAUUAAUUCCAAUGAUGACUACAGAUAAUGUAGGGUACACAAGUUCAUUUGCACUUUGAAGACCAUUAUUUAUUUACCCUGUGUGAAGAUGUCAUAUCAAAAACAUCCACAUACCAAAAGACAGGAUGUGUAGUAGAUAAGUAAUUCUGUACGUAUAAAAUGCAAAAAAAAUACAUGAGAGAAAGAAACACUUGAGAUUGAAUUGUUCUACAUUAAUUAAUACUUACCUAAAAUAAAAAUAGUAACAUUUUUUGUUAUUGGAAUAUACUUGACAUAUUAAAUACAAAAGCCCCACUUAUUUUAAACCAAACAAACAUGAAUACUGUUUAAAAAAAGUUCAUAUUUUUUCAUUGAAUAACUUUUAAAAUUGAUGAAAUAUUAAGUAUACGUAAUUUUAGGUUUUACUUAUUGGUUGAAACCUUGGGCAGCCUAUGUCCCCAGUGUGAAACCGAAGCUUGGUAGGAAUUAAUGGUCACCCCAUUGUUUACAAGGAUGCAUCACUCAUGUUGAAAUUUGCUUGUGUUGAAACAGACUCAUACAGAAAAAAGUAAUGAUUUAUAUUGUUAAAAGCAAUAUUUUCAUUAAUAGUAUAUUGUGUUAUUUAUAAGUACAGAACCAUUCUGUUUGUUGUAAAUAUUUAGAGUACAAAACUAAUUACAUGAAGAAUAUAUUCUUUGUACAAAAUUGCAAAUACCUGCCUUUGAUUCUUUUAUUUUUUAAAACUUCCCUCUCAAACAAAUGAAAAGGGUAUUUAAAAAUGUUAAGGAACAACAGCCAGCAAAAGAGACUACAGUCUGAAGUGCAGUAUGGUCUUUUUUGUAAUAUUAGAAGUGUGACUCCAUUUACAAACUCCAGUUUUGUUGACCUCGGUUAUUAAUAAAAUUGUUCAGCUAUAGAUCAGGAUAAUAAGCAGUUAACUCAAAGCUACAAGAACACAGGCCAGAUAAUUUGUGUUUCGAAUUGAAACCUCCAAAUGGCAGCUUUAAAUUAACAGUUUUUAUGUGUAGUUAUUAUAAUCAGUAUACACGGUGUCAUCUAGAAUCAUUCAUCAUAAAGUGUGUUGCGUCUUCAUUGUAUGCAUAUUAUUUGAAAAUAUUGUUUGUUCACUGCAACAGGACUUGAAGACAGCAAGGAACAAAUAAAUAACUGCACAAUAUGUUCUUUGUGUAGUUCCUUUUUCAUUUUUGUAUUUUAUCUUGUUGUCUGUCCUCUUUUUAUGCUUUAUGCUUUACGCUCCGGUUUACAGCAGCCACAAGUCAGAUUAUGAACGUAAUUAAACAGAACAUGUGACUCAUCA